GAAGCAUAAAAUUAAAGACAAGAUUUAAAUUGAUUUAUACUCACAAUUUUGCUCAUAUUCUCAUCUAUGCAUGUGUGUACUGAUUCUCCUUUGGAUAUCUGAAUGUGUUAAAUCUGAAUGUGUUAAAAAACAGUUGAUGGAUGAGUCAGAUGAUGAUUUUAAUGAACUAUGCUCCAAACUGUUGCGAAGAGUGAGAAAGAAAGGGGUCAAAGAAGGCCGGGGAGAAACAAGGACUCGGGAAGAGGAAAGUAGCUGUCAAACAAAAAGCAAAUUGAAAAGGACAAAACUUCCUCCUAAGACCAAAAUCAGCCAUGCCACUACAGGAAAGAAAACGAAGCUGGGGGAGAGAGGUCUGGCACCAGGGAAUGAAGGAAAAUGUGAAGUCACUUCCCAUGAAAGUAAAGUGGUUCCCACUUCAGAAAGAGAAGAAGACAUACUUGCAGCUACCCAGAAAGAGCCUGUGCCACAACUGAGUCAACCAAAAAACCAGACAGUAGGUGUUCCAGAUGACUCUUCUCAGACAGAAUCAUUCUGUUUGACUACUCUGUUACCAAGUGUCUCCAAACCUCGGGCAGCAGAGUUGGUAUUGCAAAAAAUGCAGCAGUUCAAGAGAACAAGUCCAGAAAAAUUGAAACAUGACCCUGAAAGUUGUUCAGUUGAGACCAUACUUAAAGAAAAUGCUCCAAAAUCCAGUCAGGAGGAGGAUACCCUGAAUAAUGGAAAUGUUCCAGGACUUUCAGUGACUGAGAGUGAUGCAGCUCUGGCCUUGGCUUUGCAGCAGGAAUUUGGCCAGGAGACCCCUCAGAAUGCUGAUAGUCUGGAGCAGGAGGGUUUAUUUUUCUGCCAAAUAUGUCAAAAGGAUCUCUCAGCAAUGAAUGCUACUCGAAGGGAACAACAUGUUAACAGAUGCUUAGAUGAGUCAGAAAAAUCAUUGGAACCUAUCUCUGUUGCACCUAAGAUCCCAGAAUGCCCAAUUUGUGGCAAACCAUUCACUACUUUAAAGAGCAGAAAUAGUCAUUUGAAACAAUGUGCAAUCAAGAUGGAAGUUUCUCCACAGCAACUAGUCCAAGCAGUCAGGCUUCAGACAUUUCAGCCUGAUGAGUGCUUCCCAUCAGCAUCAAGCACGCCAUCUGGCAGAUCAAAGAGGAAAGGGUCAACCAAUGAAAAGAAACCACAGAAAAGGCGUAAGACAACCAAGACAGAGGCCAUGUCAGAGGACCUUCUUGUUGCAAUGGCAAUGUCCCAUUCCCUGAUGGAACAGUCUAAGACUGUGACAAAUGAUAAUUUUGGAAAUGUGUUUUCAAACAACUUAAGGCCAGGAUCAGAGAAGAAAAGUCGGAAGAAGAAACUUGUUUCCCCACCUCAAUUGUUAGUUCAGGAUUCAGAGACUUAUCUUCAACAGAUACAGGAUAGAAUUGCUAUUUUACUCACAGAGGAAUUAGUGUUAUCCAGCACUCCACCACUUCCAUUGAGCAAAAUUUUGAAGGAAGAGAUGGGUAAGGCACAUUGGUGUCUGCCACAGCCUGAAGAAAAACAAGGCAUUCUAUGGAAGGGCAGCUCUUUGACAGAAGUUUGGCCUCAGGAAUCUUUUUAUGCCACAGGAUUAAACCCUUGUAUUUUACCCUGGAAGCCUAUGAAGACUUCAGUAAAGGAGCCUAUUCUGCCAUUAUUGGCAGUUAGCCAAUCCAAGCCAGAUGUGCAACAGCUGUCUGCCUCUAGUGAUCCACCUUCUGAAGGCUUUUACUCUAAUAUCGCAGAGGAGCUUAAUUCCAGAAGGCAGUCACUUUCCUGUAGCCAAAAAGACCAUCAGACUCUGCAGGUCCUUAUGGAUCUGGCAGGAGAAGGAAUGACUCUCACGCAAUGGAAUAGCAGCGCUGAAACCCUUUCCAGAAGUUCACCAGGGAAAGAUCUGGGCCCCUGUGAUCUUCCAUUGACUGGAUUUGUCUUAUCAUCCAAAAGGAAGAAACACCAAAGAAGCAGCAACUCUUCACUCUCACUUGGUUUGCUGUCUGCUGAUUUUGGUGCAAUGGUCAACAACCCCCACCUGAGUGAUGUACAGUUUCAGAUGGACUCUGGAGAUGUGCUUUAUGCUCACAUGUUUGUGCUUUAUGCUCGAUGCCCUUGCCUCAUUCAGACUGUAUACAGUGAAGGUUUCUUUGUAGCGGAAGAUGGGAAUUUGAGAACACGAAGAGUCCUUUUGAAUGAUGUGAGCACUGAGACAGCUCACAUGUUUCUACACUACUUGUACACAGCGGAUGUUAACAUUCCUUCCCAUCUGCUCACGGACUUGCAAUCGCUUGCUGUCAGGUUUGGAAUAAAGGAACUUGUUGAUAUAUGUGAAAGUGGCCUAGAGGUUACUGAUAUUAAUUCAGGAGAUGAUAUGUUUUUGGUGGAGAGAGAAGAAAAGGAUUGUGAAAGUAGGGCAGAAAAUUUCCAAGAACUACUGAGGUCAAUGUGGGGAGAUGAAGAUAAGGAAUUAGGGCCUUUACUUAAGUUAGAAGACCAGGAAGAAGACAGAGAGAAAGUAAAUGAAGAAGAAAUGGAAGAAAUUUAUGAGUUUGCUGCUACUCAGCGAAAGAUGCUCCAAGGGAAGUGUCAGACAAAGGAAGACCCAGUAGCUGGCCAGCCAGGGGAGGAAAUCACAAUAUUUGAAUGUCUACCAGGAAGUAACAAAUUUGAAAAACUGAUGGACAAUACAGAUAAAAUAGACUCUUCUGAGCAAGUGAAAGAUCAAGAUCCAAGUGGAAGAAGCAAUUUAAAUAUUAAGCAUUUCACUCCCAUGGCAUUCCAAGAAAAGAUUCCAGAUGAUGAGAGUGGUACAGAGUCUUCUGAAAAAGAUUGUUCACCAAAGCCAACUAAAGCUGAUACUCACUCUAGUACUUCUGAUCUUUUGGGAAAAGGCAAAGGAGAGAAUCUGAGAGAAAAACUCUCAUCUCUAAAUUCAUUCCAUGAUUUUGACCUUGAUAAGAGCUAUGAUCAGCUUUUUUCAGUGACUCAAGGAGAAUAUUGUGAACCUUUCCAAAUAAACUGCAGUCCAGAUAAACAAAAAGAAACUUUCCCAGGGAAAGAAGUUUCUAAUUCACCAAUUCUUUGCCAAACACCUCCACUGCAGCCAAACUUCUCUCCAUCACAUAACCACUAUCAAAGUCCUUCCAAUUCCCAAAUCUUUCCUCAGUGUAGACAGGGUUCAUCCCCAUUAUCUCCUCAAUUAAAAAGGAAAUUUUCUAAAAUAGUCUGUCCAAAUUUAGCAGAAAAACAAAAGAAAAACAAUGAUGAAGACCCAGUCUGCAUGAACAGCAGUGAAUGUGGUUAUAUUGGAAGCCAUAAAAAUAUAGCAGUCCCAAUUUCUCCAUCCAUUGACCUCACUAAACCAAAAUCUUGCCAAAGGCUGUCCCAGUUGAAUAUCAGGUCUCAAAAUUUUCUAUCACAAGCGAACAAAGAUGAUGAUGUUAUCCUUUUGUUGGAUUCAGAUGAAGAAAUGGAAAUAGAAAAGACCAAAAUGAAACCAGUUUCUGAUAGUCCCCUUGGAGAAAGAAAAAUGCCCAGAACUUCUGUAAGUAAAGGCAAGGAAAUGAAGAAUAGUCCCAAGGCAAUCAAACCUUUUUUAAUGAUUGAUAUUGAUAGUGAUCAAAGGUAUUCUCAAAAUCCAACAGCAACAGAAGUCGGGGUACAUAAAGAUAGAGUUAAAACUGUUCUGACUGAGACACAGUCAAACAGAAAGGGGAAUAGCUAUUUCAAUGAUGAAUUGGAUGUUAGACUGGUCUCCAAACAUGACAGCAGCAAAGAGGAAAGCAGUAGCACAGACACAUCAUGGCUAGUUCCAGCUACUCCUCUGACUAACAAAAGUCAUGAUUGCUCAUCCCAGAUGCGAGUCACGAGCAUCUUCUCUAGGCCCUCCAGCUUAAAGGAUAAAGUUUUACAGUGCAAGACCAAAGUUCUAAUAGAAGAUAAAGAUGCUGAUGAAAUAAACAAAGUAUCUAUAAAUGUUCCCCAGACGUCUCAUAUGCUACCCAUUUCUUCAGAGAACAAACCACUCUCAGAAACCCCUAGCACUGAGAGAUCCUCUUAUAGAAGCCCUGCCAUUCGAUAUUCAAAGGUUAAUAAGAACCUUUCCACAAUAGUCCCAAUUCAGCUUUCACAUGAGUGUCCUGACUUAACUAAACACUCUCUGGAAAGCCCAUCAUCCCACUCAAGGCUUUUUUCUGCUGAAAAACAUGAUGAACAACCUGUGUUGAUCCAAAAUGUAUGUAGUGAAGUGGUAGAAGUUGAGGAUAGUGAGGAAGAGCUAGAUUGUGAUCCCUGCCCUCUAAGUAGUAGCUUGCUGCUAAACAGUGACCCCCCAAUUCCAGUUGAUGAUGACUGCUGGAAUAUUGAACCCCUCUCACCAAUUCCAAUUGAUAAUGUGAACUUAGAGAGGACUGGCCACCUAAGUACUAGUAGUCCCAAAAAUAAAGUGUGUGAAAUUCUGAAUAAUAGGGAGAGAAACUCCCCUGGGACCCCAAGUAGAAUGGGCAGGACUCCUGUUUGUGGAAGUCCUCUUGACAAAAGAAGAUCUUUACAAUGUAAUGAAAAGAAAUCCUUGGGUACAGGCUCUCCUGGAAACAGUAAGCUAAGCUAUUUGAAUUCAGCUCUGUGGGAUGAUUGGGAUGGAGAUGAACAAAAGUCUGCAGACAUCCUUCCUUUGGCUGAAAGAUUGUCAAAUGAAGAAGCCACUCAAGAAUUAGAGGUGUUAAAGACUCCAAAAGCUUCUGCUCAGAAGACUAAUAGGCCUCCCAAAGUUCCCAUUACUCCAAUGCCAAGUUAUUCCAUCAUGGAAACCCCAGAACUGAAGAAAGAACUGGAUAGAUUUGGAGUUCGUCCUCUCCCCAAACGCCAGAUGGUAUUGAAGCUGAAGGAGAUAUUUCAGUACACCCACCAGAUCCUGCCAUCUGACUCUGAAGAUGAAAUCCAGGCUUUGCAGACAUCCCCCAGAAUGAUGGCAGAGUCUUGCCGCUUGCCUCAGACCACUUCUCAAAUCAAGACUUCAGGAGCAGUGAAUGAGUUACCACCAGCUCCCUGUAGUAGUACCCUGCCCAGUUUGGAGGUUGUUGAGUCAGAGAGCUUAUCCAGCACCAGGCAACAAAGGCUAAAGAAUCUCACCAAAACCCAAAGCCGAAGGAAGCAGCCACAUAAAACCAUUUUUACACUGACACAGCCACCGGCUGAGGAUGUGGACUUAGGCCCUGCUGGUGAUAAUCAACUCUCCAUGUCUCAGAAAUCCAUUGCGUCUUCUACAGAUGAAAGUGAAAACUCCUUUGGUUCACAGAGUUCUCUUGCCAAUGAAUUUGAAACAGUCUUUGAAUCUGAAGAGGAAGAAGAGGAAGAGAUCACUGCUUCCCAGGCUGCUGUCCGGGAGGCUGACAAGGAGGAGGCAGUAAGACGCUACAUUCGAUCCCAUCCAGCCCUUUACCAGAAGGUUCUCCUUUACCAGCCCUUUGAACUUGCAGAUUUCCAGGCAGAGCUGAGGCAGAAUGGCAUCAAGUUUGCCAUGGGAAAGCUGCUGGACUUUCUGGAUGCUCACUGUAUCACUUUCACCACAGCUGGAUCCAGAAAGGAAAAGUUAAAGAAGAAGAAACUGCAGCCAGGUGGCAAAAAAAGGGGGAAACGCUAUUGAUUCUCCCACCACCACCACCCCUUUCUCUUUUUCCAUUGCUAGUCACCAGCCUGCAGCUCUUGUAAGCCCCAGGAUCAGAUUCUCUUUAUCAGAACUUGCUUGGGUUGUUGCUCGUCUGACCCAGAUCAUCUGCCCACAGACAGUCAAGCAGCAGGAAAAACCAGACAUGCAAAUGUAUUUCAGGACUUUUGUGACUCAAGAUUGUUUUGUUUGUGUGAAAUUUCUUUAAAAGGAUGACAAGUGGUCUGACCUGAAUUUUCAACGCAUCCAAGUCUUACCUAAAAGUGCAGACCAGAAAGUUACAUUCAGAAUUUUACUGCAGGGCAAAAGGAAAUAUUGCAUAUUUAGACUUCUGGGGUUAUCUCUGUCUAGCAGAUACUUUACUUGAACCCAAGAAGAACUUUAAAAAAUUUCCAAUGAGAUAUAAACAAUGGAACAAAUCAGAGAUAGUCACAUUUCAUUCCUUCUCAUUGUUUAAGAGGUGAGGACACCAGCACAUUCCUCUUUCCUAUACUGUACAGCCUUGAUCUCUGCAUUCAUGUCUCCCUUGCCACUCUAUGUGCAACAGAGCAGUACUGAAAGUUUUAGUCACCAAGAAGCCACAGAUUUGAAGCCGUCCUCCCCAAAUGAACCUUUCUCUAAUCUACUACUCAGUACCUUCUCUUCUCACUCUAUUUUUCAAAGAAGGAGCAUUUUUAGAUGCUAGCCUUCCUUAGUUAUCUGUCUUUUCUGUAAUGUUUGUCCUGUCUCUAGAGGUCUCCCUUUUUCCCCCAGCUUUCAAAUGUCCACCCCUCCCCCCCAUUUUUGGAUAGAUUAUAAGUGUUUCCAUUAUAGGGGGAAAAAAUUGCACAGUACAUUUUUAUGACUGGGAGAUGGAUUUGCUGAUGACAUGUUCAAAGUGGCAAAAAUGUAGAAAAACAACUUGAAUGUUAAAAUUCAAUUCUUUAUAUUAUAUUCCUUGUUAAUAAAAAAAAAAAGGAAACAAAGAAACAAAAAUAAAGAAAGUAAAAGGAAAAAACAAGGAGCCAGUGCAAGGCCCAGGAUGAUCUGUUGCUUUUCUUGGGUUUUAUCCUUUUAACUAAACUUUUUCUUUCAACUCUUACUUAUCUUUUGGGUUCUUUGCUCUCUUUUACUGAAAACUCUUGUUUCAUAGCAAUUUUGUUAUCAGCAAAAUUACUGAUUUUACCCAGUUCUUUUCUGGGCAUUUUCUUCAUUUGUGAAUGGAAUUGCCAGAAGUUCAGGUUUAAAACUUUAAUCAACAAAGUCAGCAUGUCUAUUUCAGACUGAGUCCCUGUCCUUUCUAGUCUUGGGCUUCAGGUCCAUCCACAGCAUUAUAUAAUGGCUUGCACCCAUAUUAAGAGUUUUAUCCUGUCUCAGAAUGAAAAGAAUUGUCCCUUUAUCCUCAUGUUUUGGCAACUUUUUGUCCUCAGUGCCUCAUUCUUUCUAUUCCAGAAGAUCAUUCUUGGAUUGUUCACAUCUUAAAGAGUUCUUUUUCCUUCCUUCUUCAUCUGCCUUCUUCCUUCUUCCUUCUUCCAUUGAGGGUCCUCGUUCAGGUGAUCCACAUUCUCAAUGGAAAUAUCUUGUUUCUCAAGAGUUCCCUUGGUAGCUAACAUUGCAACCCGCUAGGGAUGUUCCUUGUCCUGCCUUUCUCUAAGUCCCACAGUUGUGCAUGUUAGGACACUAUUAAUUAAUGGCACACUGGAAAUGCUGAACUGGCCUUUAGUGACACCAUGGAGUCACCUCCCAUAAGAGCUGCAAUGUUGGGUUUUCUGUGAGUUGUGGAGCUAGGCGAGCAAAAAUGGACUAGAUUGGAAAAGAAGCAAAGAUUUGAUGCUUGUAAAUAGUACAGUUUGAGUUUUAUGUGAAGUGUAAUUAAAAAAAAUUUUAUAAGAAUUGUUCAGAUGUUGAGCUCACAAAUUUAUGCCUUUUCUGCCUUCUCUAGGCUAUUUAUGUAACUUUCCUUUCUGCUUUUGUCAUCAGGAGCUCCCCUACGUCAUUUGUUCACUGACUUGAUAAAUUGCAUUCUUCACUGCAACUCAUAAAGUUGGUAGUGUAGCUUUCAUUGUCACUGUUUUAU